GAGACAGGCCUAACGACAGAACCACCUUCCUCUUUUGCUCCUUUAAGCUUGGCACUCCCUACCCUAGCGACAUGUAGGCUGCCGUCUUUUUGUAUUUUAAUGAUCUGUACUCCAUUCGAAUCCGUAUAUCCUUCGCACCAGCUUCUUCCAGACGAGUUAUCCACAUAGACUGCUGGAUUGGCAUACCGAUGGCUCCCUUUGAAACUGCAACACUUGCCUUACGGGCGACAGCACCAACAUGCCCUACAACACUUACAUGUCCGCAAGAUAACAGCUGCACAUACCUUUCGAGUGGCGUCUCUCUGCAAGUCAAUUGUGCGAGUGACUACUAUGGGGGAGACUUGCAGCUGGUACAGGCUUCGACGCUUGUAGGAUGUAUGAGAGCUUGCGCAGCAACAGAUAAAUGUGAUGGAGCCAGCUACAGGGGUCGGGACUGCUACAUGAAGAGUGUGCUGAACGCCGCUGAAGUGGAUGAAGGAGUUGUUGGUGUAGUAGUGGUUUCUCGCGAACCUGCUCCCACUCCAAGCCCUCCAGCCACUCCAUCAGCCUGUCCAAUUGCGUUUACGUGUCCUGACAAUGAUGGAUGCACCAUCCGUGGGGUCAACUCACAAGUGUACGCUCUUUCUUGCGGGACGGAUUACUACGGAGGCGACUUCACCAGCAUGUGGGUAGAAAGUCUGCCAACGUGCGCGCAAGCUUGUGCAGAUAGCGAUCUGUGUGUUGCCGCAAGCUUUGGUGAUGGCAAAGGUGCUGGAAUGUGUUAUCUUAAAAAUAAGAAUCAUGGUGCAGGCGUAAGUGAGAAUACUAAUGCGGUUGCGAUUGAUUCUCGUGUCGUGCCUUCACCAUCGGCUACACCUUCAACCUCAUCCUCAGCUAUAGCAUCGUCUAGUGCUUCUAGUGUCACAUCCAGCAGCACGUCUUUUGCAUCUACACCUACUUCAGUAGGCACCACGACUAGUUCCACUCCAGCACCGACAUCUGUAUCCACACCAGUCCCAACGCAAGUAAUCAUCAACGGCGACUUCGAGGCCAAUAGUUACACCCCCUGGUCCUUCACCGGCUUCGCCCUAGCAUCCGGUACAGUCACAGGUCAAUCGAAUACUAACGCUUACAACGGCGAACGCAGCUUCCAAGCACAGGGAGAAUCAGCUAACAACUACUGGCUCAUGGAGAUGUCUCAGACCGUCACCGUCCUGCCUGGCCAAGCGUACAACGUAUCUGUCUGGAGUAAACAGGCCAUAUAUGGGAACUGCGAUGUCACGGUCAACUACAAUGGUGCAAGUCUUUUCGGUUUUCAGCCUGGUACUAGCUAUGCGGAGGAUACGGGGAGGGUAGCGGCUGGCAUGACGACUGGCGCUGAGUGUGAGUUGAGACUUAGUAUUCAGUGUGGGAGGGGAGGGUCGCAAGCGAGGCUGUGGCUUGAUGAUGUUAGGAUGACACAGGUAUAGGUACAGAAUAAGCCAGGAGAACAGAACUGAUCAUAUGAAAAAGCUUGACCUUUAAUGGGGAAAACAGACACAGUUGCUUCUCAUGCUCAAC